AUGGAGAGCACGUUCACGACAUCAGAUGGAAUAAAAUUAUACACGAAAACAUGGAAGCCACAAGUCGCUUCCUCAAUACAUCUGAUUUUUGUGCACGGGUUCAGUGACCAUGUCAAUGCAUACUACGCCCUUUUCCCAACACUAGCAUCACCACCCUACAAUAUCACAGUCCAUGGCUUCGACCAAAGGGGUUGGGGACGCUCAGCUCCAAAGAAGUCUGACUGGGGUGUGACUAGUGGUACUCAUCAAGUCCUAUCAGAUAUCGCUGAAUAUAUCAGUCAGAUAUCAAGCUCAAUCACCACGGGUGAACAGUCAAGCACGCUCUUUUUGAUGGGUCACAGUAUGGGUGGUGCAGAGAGCUUGAUGUAUGUGCUGUCAGACCCCAAAUCCUUCUCUGUUACUCCUUCAAAGCCGUCACUCCCAAUAUCAGGACUCCUCCUCGAAUCACCACAUAUAGGCUUUCCUCCUCAAUCCAAGCCAAACUCUCUCGUUGUGCUCGCAGGUCGGCUCGCAGCAAAGGUGGCACCACGAUUCCAGAUGGUCCAGGAAUUAGACGCAUCUUUCAUGUCUCGUGAUCCCCAGGUUUGUAGGGAUUGGGAAGAAGAUCCUCUUUGCCACGACACAGGUACGCUAGAAGGUCUAGCAGGUCUGCUCGACCGAGCCAAUUAUCUUAAUGCUUUCGGAGAGACUGGCAAUGCUCGCUCCGACAUGCGGCAUACAUUGCCUUGCCCUGUCUGGUGGGCACAUGGAACGGCAGACAAGGUCUGCGACUUCGACUCUAGUCGGAAGCUAUACGACAGACUCAUCGCUAACGACCAGACCUCCAAUGCGGCGAAGCAGAGCAGGUUCGUGGCGUAUGAGGGUGCAUAUCACAAAUUGCACGGCGAACCAGAUGGAGUAGGGGAGAAAUUUGCAAGAGAUGCUGCCGAUUGGAUGCUGCAGAUUGCGGAUAUCGAUUCAUUUCAGAGCACUGAUUCGACUAGCACUCGAGGCGAGUCAUUCGCAGCUACUGCAGGUACUGCGAGCACAAGCGCAGGUGGUGCAGAGGAUGUCAGAUCGAAACUCUAA